AUGGUUGCCAAGGUAACGGGGUCCCGGAAGGACGCGCUGCCGCGGCGGCCGGGGAUGGGGCCGGUGGAGCCGCGCCCGGGUCCCGCGGGGACUGGAGUGGCUGAAGGGCCGCAGCCUGAGGCCGAGGGCGCGGGGGAACCGCGGGCCGUCUGCCCCUUCCUGACCUGGAGCGCCGAGGAAGUGGCCGAGUGGGUGGCGCAGCUCGGCUUCCCCCAGUACCAGGAAUGCUUCAGGGCCAACGGCGUCAGCGGCCGCCGUCUCAUCCACGCGAACUGCUCCAACCUGCCCGCCAUGGGCGUCACGGACUUCGGCCACAUGCAGGAAAUUUCACGACACGUGCGAGAGCUGCUGGGGAUUGAGGAGCCUCUCUUCAGCAGAUCCAUUGCCCUCCCAUACAGAGACAAUAUGGGUCUGUUCCUAGAGAGAAAGGCACCAACAGGAGAGAAAGCAGAUGCCCUCACUUUCUCAGAGUUUAUCCAAAAAGCAGGACUGGAGCCCUAUACUACAGCUCCUUCUUUGCAAGGAUCCCAGGCCAUGGAGGGAGUGGAUGCUCUCCCUGCAUCACAGGACAUGCAGAGGCAGAAUUAGAGACUCAUACUGCACUUUUGCCUUUGUAAGAAGCCCAGCAGCCACAGCAGACUGUACCCUUAUUACCUUGCAGAUUGUUCAAGGAGGUACAGUUCCACCUUUUCACAAUUACAAAAAAUUGUGCACUGCACUGCCACUGCAACUCUUAGACAUUUUAUUACACCAAACCCAUUCCCACAUUGUCUCUUUUCUGCAACACUUCAUGUGCUUGCAGGAAUUAAGUGAACUGGAGGUUGUGGAUCAGACUGUACCAUUGUCUGUCUUUCACUUCUGCUUCACAGUUGAUUUAAAAAUACAAAAGAAACCAAUCAUAGACAUAUUUUAGGCACAAGUGAUUGAUAAGAACUUCCCAGAUGCUCAAGUGAAUAGAUUUCUCCCAGGCUUCAGUGUGUGCAGACUGGGCUUGCUCUGAAACCCAGAUGUAAGAUAAAUGGCAUAUACUAUAACUGGUGUACUGGUGUGGCAACAGCUGCUCUCAGCAAUCAGAAUUAAGCAGGGGGUCUAGGUGCAACAUGCAUAACUAAUCCUUGGCCACAGAAAUUAUUUCCUGUGAGGCAAGACCAGGCAGGCAGUGUUUUAUCAUGGUAAACAGUACUGUAACGCAUGAUAGAUGGUGGCAGAAAGUACAAAAGAAUACUGAACUAGAGAAUUUAGGGAAUAAAAAUUGCUUUGUCCUGGGUGGAUUUGGACAGAGUAUCCAGUUACCUGCUUUUUCCUUGAAGGACAUAUCAUAUAGUCUGUGGUGGUGAGAGUGGGGUGCAUUAUCACUAGCAAGGAAGUAGAAGUGCUCAUGAAGGCCUGGCUCAACAGAAAGAGCGCUCCUGACUAAAUCAUUAGUAUGUUGUCAGGAUUCAAUGGCUUUCUCAAGAUCCCUCAUGGGGAAUAAAAAAAUAAAAAAAA